AGUUUUUGCCCAGUCACCUUCAGACACCAAUGAUGCCAUCCAACAAAUCAGUCUCGGCUGCUCCAGUCUCCCAGUUUACCAACUGCUGGAUUUUGAAGAACCACAAACUGCAGAGGGAGGACCUGUGGGUGAGAGACGGGAAGAUCCUAAACCCCGAGAAGCUCUUCUUUGAUGAGAAGAGACCGGCGGACAUCCAGCUGGACUGCAAGGGGAGCAUCCUGGCGCCCGGCUUCAUCGAUGUGCAAAUCAAUGGAGGUUUUGGAGUAGAUUUCGCCAUGGCCACAGACAACGUGGGAGCAGGCAUCUCGCUGGUCAGCCAGAAGAUCCUUUCCCAUGGAGUGACCUCUUUUUGCCCCACCUUGGUGAGCUCCCCCUCAUCUGUGUACCACAAGGUUCUGCCCCAGAUCUGCAUUAAAAAUGGAGGGCCUGACGGAGCUGGUAUCCUCGGGGUCCACCUGGAGGGUCCGUUCAUCAGCAAGGAGAAGAGAGGGGCCCACCCUGAACAGUGCCUGCUCACCUUCGAAAAGGAUGCCUUCCAGGACCUGCUCGCUACCUACGGCUCCCUGGAGGGUGUCUGCAUCGUCACCCUGGCGCCAGAGUUAAAGAGGAGUAGCGAAGUGAUCCAGGAGCUGACCAAGCGGGGCAUCCGCGUGUCGCUAGGUCACUCCAUGGCCAAUUUAUCUCAGGCUGAAGAAGCUGUUCGGCAAGGGGCGACCUUCAUCACUCACCUCUUCAAUGCCAUGCUGCCCUUCCACCAUCGAGAUCCCGGGAUUGUGGGGCUCCUCACGAGCGACCAAAUCCCCCCCACCCAGCAGGUUUUCUACGGCAUGAUAUCGGACGGGAUCCACACAAACCCUGCCGCUCUGCGGAUCGCGCAUCGGGCCCACCCUAAAGGGCUGGUCUUGGUGACAGAUGCCAUUGCCGCAACGGGGCUUGCUCCAGGCAGACACACACUGGGCCAACAGGUGGUUGAGAUGGACGGGCUGAACUCUUACAUUGCAGGGACCAAAAUACUGAGCGGAAGCACGGCGAGGAUGGACACCUGCAUCCGGCACUUCAAGGACGCUACAGGGUGCUCAGCAGAGACAGCUCUGGAGGCCGCUUCUCUCCAUCCUGCUCAGAUGCUGGGCAUCGAGGCCAGGAAGGGCACCUUGGACUACGACUCCGAUGCAGACUUCGUGCUGCUGGACGACAGGCUCCAUGUCAGAGCGACCUACAUUGCCGGCCAGCAGGUCUGGAGACAGAGCUCCUUCGUCCUCUGAAGAGACCAGAGCAGGGAGGAGAACGAGCGGCGGAAGGUGGAUCCCGGUCGAUGGGUGGCCCCUCCCGGCAAGAGGCUGUCCCUCUUCUCUCGGUCUCACUCCUCUCCGGAGGCAGCUGUCUAGGAAUGAACUGAGCCACCUGGGCAGCCCUCACAUCUGGCCUGUGACAACUUUUCUGUUUCUCAGAACUCUUAUGAUUUCUUCUUCACCCUGGCCUUAGCAGGCUGGGGAGGAGCCGCCUGGUCCGCUAUGCAUCCGAUUGAGGCGAACACCCUCCCGUUCGCCGUGGGAGGCCAGAGACCUGGGCCAGCCCCACAGACGGAGUGAUGGAAGGAGCAAGCCUGCCAGCGCAGGGAGCGGGGCCAUUUUUCACCCUCAGUGCCUGCCUCUCCCCAUUAACAUCCCUUGAGGUUAAAACGUUGCUUUGCCAGCGAUUAAAGCCAGUCGAAGGGCA